UAUCUCUAAACAUUUACGUGUUUCUAAAAAUAGCUCAACGGUUAUUGCUAUACCUUUCUGUUCGGUUUUGCAUACUCAAAAUGUUGUAUACAAUUUUUUUUUUCCAAAAAUCUGCCUAAACGCCAUGUCAUUAUUGUCAAACAAAAAAUUGAAUAAAUAAUCAAAUUUGACAAGAUAACACCGAUGGAUCGCGAUAAAUACCCCUUAGACCAAGGUAACCCAGGAUAGAAGAAGUACCAACGCAAAAUGGUAAAAGCCAAGAAGUACAUAGUCCAGAAGCAGUUCGACGGUUUACCAAAAUCAACCGACUUGAAAAUAGUUGAGGAAGAAUUGCCACCAGUCAAGGAUGGAGAAUUUCUAGCAGAAGCCGUCUAUUUGAGCGUAGACCCAUACAUGCGGGCCAUGUCAGACAGUGUACCCAUCGGAGAGACAUUCCUGGGAACACAAGUCACCAAAAUAACCCAAAGCAAAAACUCUGACUAUCCGGUUGGAAAACACAUCGUAGCACCUUUCGGGUGGCGCACCCACACCAUAUCCACUGGUGGUCCGUUUCCAAUCGGUUUGCCGAAGGCUUGGAUCAUCCCUGACCCCGAAGGUCUCCCACUGUCUUUCUAUCUGGGUGUUUUGGGCAUGACUGGCAACACGGCGUACUUUGGCUUCCUGGAAAUCUGUAAGCCCAAACCCGGCGAAACCGUGGUGGUGUCGGGCGCCGCCGGCGGCGUGGGCAGCAUCGUCGGCCAAAUCGCCAAAAUCAAGGGUUGCAAGGUCAUCGGGAUCGCUGGGUCCGACGCAAAGGGUAAAUGGUUGGUGAACGACCUCAAGUUUGACCACUUCAUCAACUACAAAGACCCCAAGUUCAAGGAGAAGCUGGAGGAAUUGACACCCAAAGGAGUGGAUUGCUAUUUUGAUAAUGUGGGUGGGCAGAUUAGUUCGGAGGUUUUGCAUAGGAUGAAUAAGCACGGGAGGAUAUCUGUUUGUGGGUCAAUUUCUACAUAUAACGACAAGGAGGUGAAAGCUGGAGUUGUGCAGUCUGACAUAGUUUCCAAACAACUGAAGAUGGAAGGGUUUAUGGUGUACCAAUGGUGGGACCGAUGGAUGGAGGGCAUCGAGCAAAACAAAAGGUGGAUCAAGGAGGGGAAAUUGAAGUGCAGCGAAACUGUGACCAAGGGUUUCGAAAACACGUUGAAAGCGUUUGUGGAUAUGUUGCAAGGUGGCAACACUGGAAAAGCUAUUGUCCAAAUUUAAAUAAUUAAAUAAACGGUUCUUCAA